AUGGACGUGAAAUCUCUAGCUUCGCUCGUCCGAUCCAGUGGCGAAUCUAGAAAUCUCGCCCGGGGCCGCGAGCUACACGAAGCGAUUCGUAAAGGGCAGCACGGCCAGAACACGCUGCUCUUGAAUCUCUUGAUCGAGAUGUACGGAAGAAUGGACGGCCCGGAUGUCGUGCUGUGGACGCUGAUGCUCACGGCGUACGGCCGCCGCGGGAAUCUAGACGAGGCGAAAGGAAUCUUUGACCGGAUGCCCGACCGGAAUAUCGUGACGUGGACGGCGAUGGUGCAGGCAUAUGCCCAGCAUCGGAAUCUCGCCGGUGCCAAGUCGGUGUUUGACCGGAUGCCCGAGUGGAAUCUCGUGACGUGGAAUACCCUGCUUAUGGCAUAUGCCCGGGAAGGGUAUCUGGACGUGGUCAAGAGAAUGUUUGACGAGAUGCUCGAGCGUAAUGUGGUCACGUACUCUACGAUGCUGCAGGCAUAUUCCGAGAGUGGUGAGUUCUCCGGGGUUGAGUAUUUACGAGAAAAGAUUCCAGAGCACGACGUGGUAUCUAUGACAGCUAUGCUCUCGGCAUAUGCCCAAGAAGGGGAUCUUGUGGUAGCAAGAAGAAUGUUUGCGAAUAUGCCGGAGCAUAAUACGGUAGCUUGGACUGCGAUGCUGCAAGCUUACGCUGUGAACAGGAAUCUACGCGGUGCGAAAGAGGUAUUUGAUAGAAUGCGUGAGAAGACUUUGGUCGCGUGGAAUACGCUUCUACAGGCAUAUGCCGAGGAUGGGAAUCUAGAGGCUGUAAUGAGCAUCUUUGGAAAGAUGCCCGAGUAUAAUGUUGUCACGUGUACCGCAGUGAUUCUUAUCCUUGGUGAACACGCCCAGCUAAACGAGGUUAAAGCAACGUUUGAUAAGAUGCCUCUUCACGACAUUGUAACGUGGACAAGCCUACUAACGGCAUAUACCCAGAACGGGCAUCUUCUAGAUGCGAGGCUUACGUUCGAGAAUAUGCCCAAGAGGAACGUUGUCUCUUACAACAUUAUCAUUGGAGCAUAUGCUCACAAAGGUCUUACAGCCAAAGCAAGAAAGAUGUUCUAUCAAUCUCCUGAGAGAAACACUAUAACUUUCACGACUUUGAUCGUAGCAAACGCUCAAUCUGGACAUGACAAAGAAGCGAUCGAGUGUUUUGGGCUGAUGUUCCUGGACUCCUGCAAACCAAACGAGAUCUCAUACCUCGGAGUUUUGAUAGCCUGUUGCCAUGGAGGCCGAUUGGAACAAGGAUGGUCUUACUUCUUGCUGAUGAGCGAGGAUCCCUUGCUUAGACCCGGGAUAGAACACUUCUCUUGCAUGGUGGAUCUUCUCGCGAGAGCUGGGCAGCUUGACAGGGCCGAGGAGCUCAUAAACCAAAUGCCCUUUGUCCCUGACGAGAUCACCUGGGGAGCUCUUCUCGCGGGGUGUAAAACUCAUCGAGAUUUCCAGCGAGCGAAAGUGGCGGCUUCGCAUUUGUACGAUGGAGACCCUGAGAAUUCAACAUCACACGUUCUUUUGUCAAACCUCUACGGCGAAAAAGUACCUAGAGAGAAAUCGAAAGCGACUUAG